GAGAGAUUUGAUUAGCCACAACACGCUGCAGCGCACUUGUUGCGCCCGGUGACGCACCCACGUACUGUUCACAUUGUAGGCUAGCCAGGAAAAAAAAAACAAGAUGGCAACUGGGCCAGAGUACGGGCUAAAGAAAAUAGUUUGGCAAAGAAUAAAAGAAACAAUAAUCACAGACUGCAGAAAGUCUGCAGUAUGGAAGAUACUGAUGCUAGACCAUUUUACCACCAAAGUCCUGUCAUCAUGUUGCAAAAUGUCAGAUCUCCUGAUGGAUGGGAUUACCAUUGUCGAAGACCUCUUCAAAAACCGAGAGCCUGUCCCUGAAAUGAGGGCUGUGUACUUCAUCAGCCCAACUGCCAAGUGUGUUGAGGCCCUUAUCAAUGACUUCAAGGUCAAACCCAAGUACAAAUCGGCAUACGUUUAUUUCACUGACUACUGCCCAGAUGCAUUAUUCAAUGAAAUGAAGCUGCAUUGUUCAAAGUAUAUCCGUGUUUGUAAGGAAAUAAACAUUUCCUUUUUGCCUGUAGAGUCUCAGGUGUUCACUUGUGACAGUCCAGAUGCGUUCAGAAGCAUUUACAGUCCCCACAGUCGAGACAAAGAGGAAACGCUGCAGAAACUAGCCGAUCAGAUCGUCUCACUUUGUGCAACUCUGGAGGAAAACCCAGGAAUCAGAUACAAGAAGGAGACCACAUUAGGUAAUUCAAAAAAGCUUGCUGAGCUUGUAGACAAGAAGCUCACCCAAUACUGUGAGAUGGAUGAAAAGAUGAACAAAAAGGGAAAGACGCAGGCGCAGCUUCUCAUUGUCGAGCGAGGAUUCGACCCUGUAACCCCGAUCCUGCAUGAGCUGACAUACCAGGCCAUGGCCUACGACCUCAUCCCCAUCAAGAAUGACGUCUACAAAUUCAAGUCGAAAGACAAAGCGGAGAAGGAGGCGCAGCUGAAUGAGAAUGACGAGCUUUGGGUCAGGCUUCGGCACAUGCACAUUGCAGAGGUGUCUGAGCAGAUCCCAAAGCUGGUUAAGGAAAUCUCUGCAAACAAGAAACAGCCGGAUGGAAAGAUUACGAUAAGCGGUCUGUCCCAUCUCAUGAAGAAGAUGCCUUCCUUCCGGAAGCAGCUUGCAGAGAAAACUGUACAUCUGAAUUUAGCUGAGGACUGCCUGGAUCACUUUCAGAAGUAUGUGGAGAAACUGUGCAAAGCAGAGCAGGACCUGGCGGUGGGCGCUGACGUAGAAGGGCAGAAGGUGAAGGACCCCAUGAGGACGCUGCUGCCCGUGCUGCUGCACCCUCACUCCACCCACGACAAGAUCCGAGCCGUGCUGCUCUACAUAUUCAGCCUCAACGGCACCACUGAGGAGAACCUGAAUAAACUCAUUCAGCACGUGAAGAUUGAGAAGGAAAGCGAAUUCAUUCUCAACUGGAAGGCGCUCGGAGUCCCCAUCAUCUCCUCUUCUUUGUCAUUCUCCUUCAGUAAGCCGUCACGGAAGGACCGAUCCCAAGAAGAGAGGUAUAAUCUCUCUCGAUGGACACCUGUCAUUAAAGAUGUGAUGGAGGAUACUGUGGAGAAUAAGCUAGACAGCAGGGAGUGGCCUCAUCAGUCUGAGUGUCCGGCAGCGUGGAACGGGUCUGGAGCUGUGAGUGCCCGUCAGAAACACAAAGCCAGCAGCCAGGACGAACGCAGGGGCGGCGCCAGGCUCAUCAUCUUCGUCGUCGGGGGCAUCAGCUACUCUGAGAUGCGCUGCGCGUACGAAGUGACGCAAGCGGUCAAGUCCUGCGAGGUCAUCGUUGGGUCCUCCCACAUUGUGACCCCCACCAAGCUCCUUGAUGACAUCCAGUCCCUCAGCAAACCCCCGGCCGCCCCGAUGGAGACCUUCACAAUCGAGGACGAGUCCAGUGCGUGAGUGCGCCACGGAAACAAGCACCCAAUGCUGUCUGAAUGCAAGACUGAAGGGAAUUUAUCUCGUAAUUGUACUAUUUCAUCAUCAAACCGGUUUCUUAUGUAACUAUUGUGUAAGUACACUUAGUAUCAAAAAGCCUGUCCAGUUAAUUUUUCUUUUUAAUCCUCAUGAUAUUCCAGGUUUAAAAAUGGUGAGAGUUUGCUGGACAUCAACUUUUUGAGACCUUUUGCAUUACUAGUGUAUAUAUUUAAACACUGCCGACUGGCUACAUUAUUUCAUUUUCACUACGUUUGUCAAAAAUGACAUGUCUACUAAGUAUUUUUACCGUUGGGUUUUCUAAUGCUGACUAAUUGAGAAAUAAAUGGAUGAUGUGCUUUGAUUGUGAUUGAUACAGUCAUAAAUAUUGUGUAGUUAUGCUGUAUUGAAAGAGCAUGGACAGAUGCAUAGACACUCAAUUUAGCAUACAUAUGAACUAUAUACAUAAACAUUCAAUUAAAUGUGCUGAAAUAAACAGUAUAAAGUUUG